CUCGUGGUGCCGCUCCCGCUCCCGGGCUCGUGGUGCUGUCCCGUAGCCGCCGAGGCUGAGGGCCGGGAUGGGGCUGUACGUGUGCUGGUCAAUGGCCGUUCCCCUCCGUCCCGGAUGGGGUGAAGGGAAGGGGAGAGCGGCCCAGUCCUCCAUUCUCCCAGAAUCCCCUGGCGCGGCCGCUCUCUCCGCCCGCCUCUAUGGUUGGGGCACAUGCUCCCUGCGUGGGGCCGGCGCGGUCUCCUCACGGUCUCGUCAGCGGAGCGGGGCCUCCCGGUAACCCCGGCACCCCUGGCAUGGCCCCCCCCACAGGUAACGUUGUGGAUAGCCAGGCCCCCAGGCUAUUGGCAAAUCAGCUGAGAUGGGACCUGACUGCCGAGCAGAUAGAAAACAUGGCUGCAGAGCUCACGGAGAGAACCAAGCUUGUGUAUGACCGGGUGGGCUCCCAGGAGCAGGGUGAGGUGUCCUAUGAAAACACUCUCAAGGCCCUGGCUGAUGUGGAAGUGGAAUAUACAGUCCGUCGGAACAUGCUGGACUUCCCCCAGCACGUCUCUCCUUACAAAGACAUCCGUGCGGCGAGCACCGAGGCUGACAAGAAGCUCUCCGAGUUCGACGUGGAGAUGAGCAUGAGGCAGGACGUGUACCAGAGGAUUGUCUGGCUCCAGGAGAAAGCAGAGAGCGCUUCACUGAAGCCUGAAGCAAAGAGAUAUCUAGAGAGGCUGAUUAAAUUGGGUAAAAGAAACGGUCUCCAUCUCCCUGAGGAAACGCAGGAGAAAAUCAAAGCUAUUAAGAAAAAGCUGAGCGUCCUUUGCAUAGACUUCAACAAGAACCUCAAUGAAGAUACUACCUACUUGCCCUUCUCAAAGGAGGAACUAGGGGGGCUCCCUGAGGACUUCUUGAACUCCCUGGAGAAGACAGAGGACGGCAAGCUGAAAGUCACCUUGAAAUACCCGCACUAUUUCCCUCUCCUGAAGAAGUGCUACGUGCCUGAGACGAGGAGGAAGGUGGAGGAAAUGUUCAACUCCAGGUGCAAAGAGGAAAAUUGCUUGAUCCUCAAGGAGCUGGUGGAUUUGCGUGCUCAGAAAGCCAGUCUCCUGGGCUUCAACACGCACGCGGACUUUGUGCUGGAGAUGAACAUGGCUAAAAGCAGCAAGACAGUGGCUACGUUCCUGGAUGAGCUGGCCCAGAAGCUGAAACCCCUCGGGGAGAAGGAACGGGCUGUGAUCCUCGACCUGAAAAAGAAAGAAUGCGAGAAGCGUGGCCUGGAGUUUGACAACCGCAUCAAUGCCUGGGACAUGCGCUAUUACAUGAACCAGGUGGAGGAGACCAAGUACAGCGUGGACCAGAAUCUGCUGAAGGAGUACUUCCCCAUGCAGGUGGUCACCACGGGCCUGCUGGCCAUUUACCAGGAGCUGCUGGGGCUCACCUUCCAUCUGGAAGAGAAGGCUCAGGUCUGGCACGAGGACGUCCAGCUCUACACAGUGAAGGACACCUCCUCCGGGGAGACCAUUGGCAAAUUCUACCUGGACCUGUACCCACGGGAAGGGAAGUACGGGCAUGCAGCCUGCUUCGGCCUGCAGCCGGGCUGCCUCUUGCCGGACUCCAGCCGGCAGAUCUCAGUGGCUGCCAUGGUGGCCAACUUCACCAAGCCCACGCCGGAUGCGCCUUCCCUGCUGCAGCACGACGAGGUGGAGACCUACUUCCACGAAUUUGGGCACGUCAUGCACCAGCUGUGCUCUCAGGCGGAGUUUGCCAUGUUCAGCGGGACACAUGUGGAGCGGGACUUUGUCGAGGCACCAUCGCAGAUGCUGGAGAACUGGGUGUGGGAGAAGGAGCCGCUGCUGCGCAUGUCCAGGCACUACAAAACUGGAAGCCCCAUCCCUGAUGAACUGCUGGAGAAGCUCAUUAAAUCCCGGCAGGCGAACACAGGGCUCUUCAACUUGCGUCAGAUUGUCCUGGCCAAGGUGGACCAGGCGCUGCACACCCAGACGAAGGCUGACCCUGUGGAGGUGUUUGCCCGGCUGUGCGAAGAGGUGCUGGGCGUCCCUGCCACCCCAGGUACAAACAUGCCUGCUACGUUUGGCCACUUGGCCGGAGGCUACGAUGCGCAGUACUACGGCUACCUCUGGAGCGAAGUGUACUCCAUGGACAUGUUCCACACGCGCUUCAAGCAGGAGGGGAUCAUGAACUGUAAGGUGGGCAUGGAUUACAGGAAUUGCAUCCUGCAUCCUGGCGGUUCCCUGGAUGCUUCCGACAUGUUAAGGAAGUUCCUGGGCCGCGAGCCCAAGCAGGACGCCUUCCUGGCCAGCAAAGGACUGAAGGUGGAGAGCAACUCGCUGCCUUCAGCCUGCUGAGAAACUGCUCCAGCCCGUUUGAGUCAAGCCAGCUCCUUUGUCUACGCACCAGUCCUCUCAGGCCAAGCAACACCCGGUACUUCUGUCACCAAACGCAUCCUGGGCCAACCCCUGCCUGGAGCUGUUCCUCUGGGAUCCUGCUCCGAGCUCGCCCUGGGCUUCAGGAGCCGGAUUCAGCCCUUGUCCAGGGCUCUGCGGUGACAGCUCUGUGAAGGGAGUUGAAUUGCCUUUGUCACCCCCCCCCGAGGGGGAUGGGGCUGUUGGUAGCCCACACGAAUUGGCUGAACUUUGAACCUGAUUUCUGCACGAGGGUGAGUUUCAGCCUCUUUUAUAGCCGGGGAGGAGGGUGAGAGGAGUUACUAAACUUGAAUCAUCAUUUUAAAACCCUUUCUUUUUAAGAAAUGAGACUUCCCACCAGGCAUGGCAUGUUCCGUGCCCCAGGGCAGGCUUACUGUUCUGAGCACGAAACAAGCGGCCUGCGAAGCUGCGCUGGGCGUCGUGCUCUCCCCGUCUUUGGGCAGCUGGCGGCUGCGGAAUAAAGACGGGGAGAUCCCAGAGUUUAAAAACUAUUGCAUUGACUGGGACGUCCUGCCCUGAGCCCCUCAGACGUUCCUGCGGGCACAGCAGGCCUGGGAGUGGGGCAGAGACGGCCGGUACAGCUCUUCCCAGAACCGGGGGGUCUGGGGCACGUGGCGUCUUUGGAAGGUUGGACCUUCCCCCAGACUUUAUCGGAGCUGCUGGUACCUCGGGGCCAUCUUAGGGCAGGCAGCCGGUGCCUUCUGGGCUCAGGUCGUGGCAGCAGAGGGUGUGUUGCUAUUGCUGUGACCUCUAAGCCAGGGUGGGACAGGGGAGGGCUGUGGAAAAAAAAAAAACCAAAACAGGAGGACAGCUUCAAACAACACAGAUGCCAGGGAUAAAAAUAUCAAGCGGGCUUUGUGCCAGGCCAUGAUCAGCCGGGCUCUGGGUGCGGCACCAAGCUCGGGGACGGCAGCCAGCCCUUUGCCCGGCCUUGGGAGCGGCCGGGCUGUGCCACCUGCCCCCCCAGCUGUUCCCCUGUCCCCGAGGAUCCCAAAACUGGUGCCCGCGUGGCGUGGCGUGGCAUGGCAUGGCAUGGCAUACCUCCUGCUGCUCCCUUCUCGCCUCUGCGGUGCCGCUGUGCCCGAGCAGGCAGGAGGGCGCUUGUGCGGGGCUGUGGGUCGGAGCUGCUGGGGGGUGCGCUCACCCCAAGGGCAAAGGCCCAGUUCUGGUUUUGCUCACGUAGGAAUCACGCGCGGGCUGGGAAGGGCUUUCAGCAGCGAGUGUGCUGCUUCCUCGGCAGCGGAGGGGAGCUGAGGACCUCAGAGGGGAGCUGUGAGCUCCCGCCGACGUGAGGGAUCUGUGGUGACGGGGUGCUGAGGGCAGAUCUCAUUUUCUGGUGUCCCACCCCACCUCCAGCCUCGGGUGCUCUGCGUGAUGCCGUCUGAGUGCUGUGGGAUCGGUCCCCGCAGCUCUUCUGUGGUUUGAGCACACGGAGGGUGCCGGCGAGAGGCCGAGUGCCCGCGCUCGCACCCACCCUCCCGGCCAGGGCCGUGCGUGGGAGCUGCCGUCCCUCCCCAGGGCCCCGCGCUGCGGCUCCCUCCCCGUCCGCCCUGGUCCCUUUGCUUCUCCUCUCGCCUGGGCUGCGUCACCAGAGCGGCUCCGGCUUCCUUCCCCGCAGCCCCCGACGAGAACUUUGGAAGAAAGCUCUCCCCAAGUGCAGACAAAGUCAUUUUUGUCACCUCCCUCCCCCAGACCCCCCUGGUGACACCCUCCCUCGCCGGUCCCCUCUUGCGCUGACGUGUGGACAGGUCCGUAAGCAGCGAAGCGGCUCCUUGGUGCUUGCUGGGGCCACCUUGAGCAUCUUGUCUUUGUCCCCACCCUCUGUUUUAGGCAUAGGCGAGUGUCUGUCCCGGGUGCCGGCUGCGCAGGGCCGGGCGCUCUCGAGUUGACGCUGUGGGUGUUUUAAGUGUCAUGUUUUACUGAGCUUUCAGAGUUUUCUUUCAGACCUCUUCUCUCGAGGGAGAGAACUGAAGCUGAACAGGGAAACCGCGCACUUUCCUCCCUCCUUCCCAGGCCACAGAUAACUCUGUUCCUCCCUCCAGGAACCCCUGCUGCUGGCGCUGCGGCCAGGUGGGGCAGGGGGACCUGACGCCUCCCCAGGCGCUGCUGUUCCCCGUGUGUGGGUGAUCCCCAGGAGCGACGUGGGGCACCGGGCUCCUCAGAGCUGCACCUUCUCCCCCCCAGCUCCUCGUCCCCAUCCCGUACCGGGGAAGAGAGGUCCCUUUUGGGUUUGGGUUUGGUUUAAUUAUUUUUUUUUUCUGUUAACUGUUUCUAAGGGCAAACUGGUGUGUGUGUGUGUGUGUGCGCCGUUCGUAAUGGUCACGUCCCACCCUGCUUGUUUCAAUGACUGGAUUUUAGACGGUUCCUAGCACUAAUAAAGAUUUUCCUAAGCGGA